GAUACUCAACCAACCACAGCCUGCCUAGCCACAGUCCGUAUCGUACGUGGCGAAGCGGUAAAUGAAAGAACAAUCAAAUAAAAUAAAAUUUUCAAUUAGAAAGUGUUGUGUAUACGCGCAGUUUUUCGCGCCAAAACAAGUGACAGUGACAAAUUCUUGUGUUUGUGAUCUGUGACUUUUUUUCUUUUGGAUCAUCUAGAUUAGAAUAUUGAACACUCGAUAAAAUGGCAGCACCCAACCAUAAUAAUAAUAGUGUGCGACCGGAUAGACUGCGGCAAAUGUUUAGUUGGACUGGAGAGACCUCGCCUCCGUCGCCGCUGGGCGAUGAGAAGGAGUCGAAGAUGAGCCAGAUACAAUUUUCCCCGCCAAGCGAUAAACAAAAUACACUGGCGUUACAAAAGCGGGCGGAGGCAGUGUGCGUGCAGAAUGCAUACAAACACUAUGGAUCCAACAAACGACCGAACCAUGUUCUUAGUAAACUAAACAUGACCGUCAAAAAGGGGACAAUAUAUGGUCUACUAGGCGCGUCAGGGUGCGGCAAAACGACUCUUCUCUCCUGCAUUGUAGGCAGACGGAAGCUCAAUAGCGGAGAUAUUUGGGUGCUCGGUGGAAAGCCAGGCACAAAAGGUUCCGGUGUUCCCGGAAAACGAGUAGGGUACAUGCCCCAAGAAAUAGCUCUUUAUGGAGAAUUCACCAUCAAAGAAACGAUGAUGUAUUUCGGUUGGAUCUUCGGUAUGGAGACCAGGGAGAUCGUGGAGCGAUUGCGGUUUCUUCUGGACUUCCUUGACCUACCCAGUGAGAAUAGAAUGGUUAAGAACUUGAGUGGUGGACAACAGCGGCGUGUCUCCUUCGCCGUGGCAUUGAUGCACGAUCCUGAACUGCUGAUCCUUGAUGAACCCACCGUGGGGGUCGACCCUCUUCUCAGACAGUCCAUCUGGACCCAUCUGGUGCGAAUCACCAGCUCCGGUGAUAAGACUGUUAUCAUCACAACCCAUUAUAUUGAAGAGGCCAGGCAGGCGCAUUGUAUUGGUUUGAUGCGCAGUGGCCGCUUGUUGGCCGAGGAUCCACCGCAGGCACUCCUCAGAAUGUACAACUGCAUAUCCCUAGAAGAUGUCUUCCUCAAGCUAUCUAGGAAACAAGGGCAAGGCAACCAGGUACCAGAAAUAACUGUAUCGGGCGGAGGCCUAGGGCUCAACAAGAUGUCUAAACGGGAAGAAGCUCCCUACGCCAAUGAAGACGCGCAAGUGAUCGGGCUAAACUUCCACCAGAGCAAGGAGGUGCUGAUUGUUGAUAACGGAGUUGGUUCCAAUGGAGAUUUACCAGGAAAGAAAUCGGAGGCUGCAACAAACUGUACCGAUUGCGCUGGUAGAUUUAGUUUCACAUCCCGAGGUAAAAUUAAGGCGUUGAUUCAAAAGAACUUCUUGCGGAUGUGGAGAAAUAUCGGUGUGAUGCUAUUCAUCUUUGCCUUACCCGUGAUGCAGGUCAUUCUCUUCUGUUUGGCAAUUGGACGAGACCCAAGUGGACUUAAAAUGGCCAUUGUAAACCACGACGUUAAUGUGUUCGACGGCUACUGUCCAUACAACUCUUCCUGCUCUAUGAAGAAUCUGUCUUGCCGGUAUUUGGACAAUUUGAAAAAUGAGUCAAUUAUCAAGAAUUAUUAUGCUGACCUAGAAGAUGCAAAAGAAGCAGUUCGGCAAGGAGAGGCCUGGGGAGUCAUAUAUUUCAAUGAGAAUUAUACCGAUUCCUUGGUCGCGAGACUGGCUUUGGGUGACACGGCUGACAAUGAGACAAUACUAUCAUCAGAGGUGGAAGUAUGGCUGGACAUGUCCAAUCAGCAAAUUGGUUUGAUGCUGAGUAGAGACAUACAAUUCUCUUACAGGGACUUCGCUAAGGGUCUUUUAUCGUCAUGUAACUACAAUCCUAAAGUGGGCGACAUUCCUAUCGACUUCAAGGAUCCUAUUUACGGUGAUACCAAUCCUUCGUUCACUGAUUUCGUCGCACCGGGGGUUAUUCUAACAAUCGUGUUCUUCUUGGCCGUAGCUCUCACUUCGUCUGCUCUCAUAGUAGAACGUACUGAGGGUCUAUUGGAUCGAUCCUGGGUGGCUGGUGUUUCCCCAGGGGAGAUUUUAUUCUCUCAUGUGGUGACCCAGUUUGUUGUGAUGUGUGGACAGACAGCGUUGGUGCUCAUUUUCAUGAUACUCGUCUUUGGAGUGAAGAGUAAUGGAAACAUCGCGUAUGUCGUCAUGCUGACGAUUUUGCAAGGACUUUGUGGAAUGUGCUUCGGCUUCGUGAUAUCAGCUGCCUGCGAGCUCGAACGAAACGCCAUCCAGCUUGCCCUAGGUUCAUUCUACCCUACUCUCCUUCUCAGUGGGGUAAUUUGGCCCAUCGAGGGCAUGCCAUGGAUCCUACGAUACGUGUCUACUUGUUUACCCUUGACCCUCGCUACCUCGUCACUAAGAUCCAUAUUGACCCGCGGUUGGCCCAUAACUGACCCUGAUGUCUAUAUGGGCUUUGUUUCGACUAUACUGUGGAUUACAUUAUUCUUAGUCCUUACUAUAACGAUUUUGAGGUUCAAACGGGGUUAAAUUAGUUUUUGUUUUAUUUAUAAAUGUUGCUUUGUAAAAACCCAGUACCUUUUAUUUCGCUAUGGUCUUUGUGCCUAGUUUAAUAUUUUAAUCCAGUUGUAUCAUAUGAAAUGUUGUAAUAGUAACGCACAGUGAUAAAAUAUUUAAAAUGUUAACCAUAUAUGAUCCAAAAACGUAGUUCUGACUAUUGGGUUUUUACAUAACAACGGUGAUUAUUUAUUUUUUCUGGGUUUUGUAUGCAAGUUCUUUUUUAUCUGCUGUAUAUGGCAACCCUUAUUAUAUUGCUGUAUCGUGAAAACAAUUUGCUCAAACUGCUAUGAACAAUGUGUGAAAUCGUUAUAACCAAGAGUAAAAUAUUUACCAUUAAAAACCAUUUAAAAUGACCAGGAUAAUAUAAUAUGGAUACGUAUUCCUUAAAUUUUCGUAAACUAUGUGGAUAUUUUUCUACAAACAAAAUCGGUUAAAAUUGAUUUCACACCUGCCUGGAUUAUAUUGAUGAAAUUAGAUUAUAUUCUGUGCUAAUCCUGCCAAAAUAAGCCAGGCCUUAGAAUAAAUGACUAUUAGUCAAUGUAAAUAGUAGAAUAAUACUAUAAGGUUUUAGGGAUGUUAGCAAUUAUGAUUUGUCGAACAUUUUUCUCAGGGUUUUUUUUCAUACAAAGAAGGAUUAAAAAUAUUACCCGAGAUAUAAUUCCCAUUUAAUUAUAGACCAUAAAGAAAUGUCAGAAUUUCCAUGUGCAUCUGAAAGUUUGUCGUCGUAACUUCAUAAAAAUCUUAUAGCUAAUUUCACCUUCUUUAUACAAUGCUAGUUUCUUCCUGGAUGAUUUUUUAUAUCCCCGGUAUAGGACUACGUUAAGUGUCUAUGACUCGAAGUUACCAUAGAUUUAGAUGGUGCCAUAAUGGUGAUUUUUUUAUCGAACUCUGCGACAAAAUUUUAAUGUAAUCGUUGAUUACAACCUAAGAUUUUGACACUACGCGCCAUCUUUAAUCGACUUAUGUUCCGUAGAUAAUAAAUAUACACCAACUUGUCAAUGGCAAUAAGAUAAUCUGUAAUGUAUAGUUUGAAAUAAUUUAGGCUUCAUAGAAAUAAGGUUGUAUUUUAGACAUGGCAUAUAUAGUAAAUGUUGCCAGGUAUUUUAUAAAAUUUUAUAUUUUUUUACAGAAAAUAUAAUAAAUUCGGUUAAAUUUGAACGGGCAAUACUUAAAUGUAAUUCAAUAGGAGCUAGAUUAGGCUAGAAGUGUCAGACUGUGAUUAUUUUUGCUAACAUUGACAUUUUGUUAUGACAAUUAUACAAUACUGUACCAAAUAAGAUAUUGUGUUUAUUAAUGUAGACCUUUUUAUUUAAAUAAAAGUCCGUACAAUCUGUCA